GCAGUAUUUACGUGUAUUACCAGAGGUUUUUUACUGGGUGAUCUCUGUUUGUUUCUGGAUAUUAACCGGGUCAGAUUAGUUGUAGCAACGGGCCCUAGCAACGGACCGGGUCAUUGAAACUGAGUGAAGGUAUGCAAGACGAUAGGCUACGGGUCGUUUUAUACAAACUGGAGGGGUAAAAAAAAAAAACGACACAGAGGCAUUGCUAACCUGGCCGUUUAUGACUUGGACCUCGAAACGUGGGUUUGAGUCAAAAAUGGGAUGUUCAAGCUCCUCAAACACCGCGGUCCACCCGCUGACGGAGGCGAGCCUGCAGGACGAGGAUGAAGCAGGGAGUAAACCCCGCGGACGUGGCGACUCAGCGGGGUCAAAAGGGACCAAGGACAGCGGGGUCAUGAUGGAAAACAGAGACCUUCUGGUGUUACCUGGAGCAAUGCCCGAUAAACUCCCUCCUCUGUCGUCUGAGAGCCUCAGAGAACGUGAGGUUGACAGAGCUGCACCGAAUGACGCUGUGUCGGGCUUGCUGCAUGGUGACGUCCCAGUUCAGAGGCGACCCAAGUCCACCGAGAUACUGAAGGAGCUUUGGAGUCAGGGCAUCAUCCCAGUGGGACAGAGCCGGAGCAAAGACAGCGGAGCUGCCUACUGCAUCAUGGAUGAAUCCAGAGGUGUCAUAAGAAGACCUCCUGCCAGACUGGAGUCACUGAAGGCCAAAAAGGCUCAAAGCCACAGCAGAGAAGAGUUUGAUGAGAAAAUGAGGCUGGUUGAGGAGAGACGCAAGGUCAAGCAAGAUGAGUUGAAGACACGUUUAAGGACAAACACAGCACGAGGUCGUUGGCCUGCUCCCGUCUCCAGCAUGGAGGAGGGUGCAGAUUCAAUCUUGAGUCCUGUGGAGUCACUAAAUCUUCUAACAAUCAGCAGACCAUCUCCAGCUUCGGCGCUCCACAGCCAGAUCCCACACAGAGCAGCAGUGGGAGGAGAGUGGGUUAUAGAGACUGGAGGAGACAACAGGGAGUGGCAGGAGGCAAAACACAAGGGGAAAAACAGGAGGCAAGGAGCAGAGGAGGGGGGAGAGUGUGGAGAUUGUCAAGAGGGAGGUGCAGAGGAAAGCGAGAUGAAGGAAGAAGAGGUGACUCAAGUUGAGGAGCUGAGGGCAGACGAGCUCCUUGCAGCUUCAGAAGAGCUAGAUACUGAUUCUAGCUUCCAACAUGCAGAGGACAAAGACGAAACAUUUUAGUUUACUACAUAAAGAAGCCACUAAUCAUUCUAAUUCAUCAUAGGAGAGAAGAAAGAGGAAGAGGGCCAAAUAAUUUUACUUUGCACAUUCAGAAAAACAUAUAUACAUAUACCAAAAAACUAAAUGCAUUUUUGUUGGUUUUUCACUGACCUGUGAGAAAUAGCCUUGUUCUAAUUCUUCAUGUGAGAGUAGUUGUUUUUAUCGACACAAGAUGGCGCUCUUUCAGUGAGUAAUACAUGUUUCUGAACUCCAUGAAGUAAUGGCAUUGCAUCUGUAAAACUCAAUGAGGGGAUUUACUGUCAGAAGAAAAAGUUCUUGCAUUAAAAUACAAAAUAAAUAUGUCUUUAGAUAUUCUGAAUUUUGAGAAAAAACAAACCAAAGUGUGCUUACUUGAUAGUUAGCUGUUUAAGGAAUAUUUAAGAGAUUUUUUGUAAUUUCAGCUUUUAAGAACCUGACAGGAGGUAUGCUGUCACUGCUGCUUUUAAUGAUUAAACUCAUUAAAGCCAAA